AGAGAUCCCGAGCUUGCUCGUGCACAUCGUGAGUUGGAGAAGCACUCUAUCUACUCAAGAGGACGUUUUGGUGGGUGGAAGUACGAAGUGUCAAAUCAGGAUCACUGCUUCAUCCAAGGCAAAGAGUUCAUUGAUCGUGUGGUAUUGAACGAGCCUGAAAAGCUGUACAAGACUGGUCUUGCUGAGAGACAAGGAUGA